CACACGGCUACCCUUUGCCCGGCUAGUUUCAAAACAUCACAAGUAAAAUGGACUUCUCCCCAAAGCUUACAGCGUCCUUGCUUGCACUUCCGACAAUUGUGGUUGGUGCUAUCCUGUACGCGGCACACAGGUUCACGACGCGCAUCUCACCCACCAUCCCUUACGCUGGCGAAGAGUCAUUGAGUGCACGUUUGAAGGCUCCUAUUGAAUAUGGCAAGGACCCCGUCGAGUUCCUUCGCAAAACGCGUAAGAAGCUUGGUGAUGUUUUCUGUGUCGACCUGUUCGCUUUCAAACUCGUUUUUGUUCUGGGCCCCGAGGGAAACAAAGCGAUAUUACGGGCACCGGAAGAGAAGAUAAGCUUUUUGGAACAAAUAAAAUGGGCGAUGGGAGCGACGUUAGACGGCAUGUGGGAUGUCCCAAGCUGGAAUGCGCUCAGCUUCAAGUUGAUCAAGUUCGCUCUCCAAAAGCAAGAACGAUUGCAAACAUAUGCUUCUCAAUGCUCCAAGGUGACGGAGGAACAUUUCGAAAAGUGGGCGGCGAAGGGGAAAGUUCCUCUUUUCGAGAGCAUUUCACAUCUUGUCAUUGCGGAUCUUUUGGUCAUUCUCGUCGGCGAGGAGUUUUACAGAAAAUAUGGAGACGAGCUGAUCCCGAUUAUGGCACAGUUUGAGCGAGAUUUGCAGAAUCCAAUUCUGCGUAUUGUGCCCAACGCCUUGUGGGGGUUUACGAAACCUGGGAAAGCGUUGUUCAAGGCUGGAGAUCGGUUUGACGAGUUGAUCAAACUUGAAUUGGAGGAUAUCAUGUCUAAUCCUGAAAAGCACAAAGGGCGGGGCGACUAUUUUUAUUAUAUUAUAACUCAAUGCGGUGACAAGUACAAAAUUGUCUACGGCAAGCACAUAAUGAGCGUAGUCUUUGGUGGACACGCUAACGCAGCUAUGACGGUUCCUUGGAUCUUCCUCCAUGCCCGGCGCACGCCAGGCGCAUUGGAUCGUAUUCGUGAAGAAGCUCGUUUAUCGUCAGAUGUGCGCAAACCAUACCUCGAUGCUUGUUUGCGGGAGACAGGCCGGUUAUACACGAACACGACGAUGAUGCGUUUAACACAGGAGGCGACAGAAGUUGUUGGGCAUACAAUCCCUGCAAACACAUUCAUUGCUUGCUCUCCGUUGGCCACUCAGCGAACGGAUUCCUCGGAACCAGCAGGGAUCUUUGAUGAUGCCGCACACUGGAAUCCGGAUCGUUUCCUCGCGGAUGGUGCAUACAACAACUGGUUCCAGCGCGUCGAGUUCGUGCAAUUCGGACUGGGCGCACAUGCGUGUCCCGGUGAGAAACUUGCACGCGUGCUAAUAUUUGACCUCAUGCUGAAGACGUGGAUGGAAAAGUACGACAUUGAAGUCGUCUCGGGGCUUGAGGAAGGCGUUAAGGGUGUUGAUGGCGUCGGAGCGGAGGGUGCCUGGACUGAGGAGAACUUUGGUACACCAUCUAUUCGCGGAGAGGACGUAAUUGUAUCAGUGAAGAGACGGGAUGGCUCUGGUAUUUAAUCCUUACCGGGUUUUUUUGCGGGAUUUUCGUUUUCUAAAUAGUAUAUAUCUACUGUAGUAUUUACAUUUUACAUAGUAUUAAUAUUAUUUUUGUAAACCA